AUGGCAAGCCCGAAUGAGGAUGAAUAUCAGCAUCAUCCACACCAACGUCCACAACUACAUCCACACCCACACCCCCACCAACACCCACAACAACAAAGACAACAACAGCAGAGCCACAACGAUCAUGGUCCCGACGACGACGACGACCUCCCCACCCGCCGAACGAGCAGCUCCCUCCCCAGCACCCUCCAACACCUCCUCUACACCGGCCCUCUCGAGCAUCAAGGCCAAGGCCAAGUGCAAGGACAAGGACAAGUACCACAAAGACGAGAAGCACAAAGACAAGAACCACAGCACGAUCAGCAGCUAGGAGCCCCACACUACCGUACGGACAACCCGUCUCUCCACAGCGAUCAGCUCCCGUUCGCGCCGUCGCCGUCGCCGCCGAGGUUUGGACCGGCCGUGUUUGAUUUCGAGUCCUCAGCGUCGGUGUCGGCCUCGAGGCGUGAGGAUCGGGUGGUUCUGCCUGUGCCUGUGAUCCAGCAGCACAGGGAGAGUGGGGGCGGUGGGGGGAGGUACCAGAUGAUGCUUGACCACACGCACCCGCACCCUUCGGCUGCGUCGAGAUCUAGGCGAGCGAACGAUCAGUAUCAGUAUCAGUACACAGCAGAGCCGUCAUCCUCGUCAUCCUUGUCAUCCUCCUCUUCUUCCAUUCUCCAUGGUUUUAGCCACGCUGCUCGGGGUGCGGGCGGGCACGGGCAGCAGCAUUAUGAGCCUGGCACGCGGGCGCCGCAAGGGUACGGUGGUGCUAGUGCUAGCUAUAUUUCACCGCCCCCGCAUGCGACGCCCUACUCGUAUCGCCCGCCAGGACAGUCGGGCACGCCGUUACCGCUGCACUCUCGCGCGAGAACGGGCGCAGAGGGUGAAGAGCUCGGGGACAUGUCGUCUCCCCCUCAUGCGACGCCCUACUCGUACCGUCCGCCAGGACAGUCGGGCACGCCGGUGCCGUUGACGUUGUCGGCUAUACAUUCUCGUGCGAAGGCGAGUGCGGAUGUGGAGGGGGGGGAGGGGAGGUGGAGUCGGAGCUCGUCACUGUCCAAUCAGAGAUCUUCGAGUCCAGUGACGAGAAGGCCGAGGUUGGGAUACGAUGAAUACGCGUCGGGCACACAUUCUCGGUCGAUCCCCGAUACUCGGUCGCUAUACAGAGAAAGAGAGGCAGAGGGCGAGGAGGGCGGAAGGGCCGUGACGGAUUCGACGACUGUACGGGAGAGUCCUGUCCCGCCGUAUUUAGAGCCUCGACGGCAAUAUGGCACGCCGUAUCGACUGCCAGAGCUGCCACCGCUGGCGCAACCCCGUCCGCGGUCGUACCCGUCAUGCUCUACGGACAGCGUGGGUGAGAGUGAGUCGUGGAAUGCGAUCCGUCAGGGGGCUGCAUUCCCUGCGAGUUAUGCGUCGAGUUCGAACACGCUUCCGCCCCUGAGUGAGGUGCUGCAGAGUUUCGACCGGGAUGAUCUUGGAGUGUUUCUUCCUGUCCCGCCGACGAUGGACCCACAGGCACUGCGGGAUGAUGUCCAGCCAGAACCAAAAGCAGCUGUGCCAGGAUCAUCAAGACAGGGAAGUGGGCGGAAGAAGAAGGGGAAGCGAGAUGCCGAGUCUGAAGGGGACGAGGAGCGGCCCAAAAAGGUAGCACGUAAGGCGUACCUGGCGUGUAAUUUCUGCCGAGCACGGAAGCUCAAGUGCGAUACGAACACGCCGUGCUCGAGCUGCAAGACACGGAAUCUGGAGUGUGUGUACAAGGACUACAUCCGACGGCGUGGGCCUGGCAAGGCUCCGAAGGGGAGUCGUGCGAAGAAGGGGGAGGGGACGCGUCCGAAAAUGGCGGAGAGGGGGGUGAGCUCGACGGAGUGGGAGGAACACAAGGCGUUUGCACCUGAGCUCGAUGUGCCGGCGAACGUGCGUCCGUUUGGAGAGCUGCGGACAGAGCAGCCCCCUGAGUACACGCCGCGACCGAGUGCGAGCCACCGCUCUGGUGCAGCGAUGGGGCCGAUGCUGUUCUCGACGAUAGGCGAGCGAGGGGAGAGCGAGGAGGAGGGGGACGAGGAGGAGGGGGAGUGA